AUGGGAAAAUCAAGUUUGAUUGCUAGGUUUUUGACGAGCAAAAGUGUGGAUAGAUGUAGACUGGAGAGAUGGGGACCACUGGAAGAGGAGCAGGGAGAGUAUUUCAAGCAAAAGAGCAUAUCAGAAGGCCUUCAGAUGAAAGAGUUUGGCAUCUUCAAGGUGCAGUUUGACUCCAAGCUCUGGUUUGAACUGGCCAGCGUUCUAAAGGCUGCCUUUACUUGCUCACUGAGUCUGCAGUUUUUGGCACCUACAAUUUUGAAAAAGAAUGAACUUAAUGAGAUUGUUGUGAAAAUUAAUGAGAUAAUGCCAGUUUACUCCAAAACUGCACCUGGAACUGUAUCUGGCAUGUUGUUGGUGCUCAGUAAGAUAAAUGUGAAUGAGUCAAGUGUCACAGGACUGGUAAAGAGAAGGAUUCAAGAGUUACAGGAGAAGGAUCACCUUAAGCUUAAUGGAGAAAGUGAUACUGAACAGGGCCUGAGAGCGCAUGAAAGGAUCUAUACACAAGAGAAACCUUAUGAGUGUCAUGAAUGUGGAAAAGCUUUUGGCCAUAGUUCGAACCUUAUUCAGCAUCAAAGAAUACAUACUGAAGAGAAACGCUAUGAAUGUAGUCACUGUGGGAAAACCUUCCAGCACAGCUCACAUCUUAUCCAGCAUCAGAUAAUUCAUACAGGAGAGCUGCCUUAUAUGUGUAAUGAAUGUGGGAAAGCUUUUGGUCGGAGCUCAAGUCUUGUUCGACACCAGAGAAUCCACAUGAGGGAGAAACUCUAUGCGUGUAGCGAGUGUGGGAAGGCCUUCAGCCAGAGCUCAAAUCUAAGAGAACACCAGCGAGUUCACACCAAAGAGAGACCAUAUGAGGGCAAUGACUGUGGGGAAACUUAG